GGCUUUCUUCCGGCCCGGACAUUGCAGGCUGCCCGGGGUUGUACGCUUGACGCAGCCUUCCGCUUCUCCGCCUCCUCGACAUAAGGAACUAGGCUGUCGCCUAGGGGCGGCACAACUGCUCACUAUUACUGCGCUGACGUCUAAGCCCAAACCAGCAGAGAUGUCACAGAGAAGGUCCGGAAAUAAAGCUUCAGAGGAUAUGGACACCCAGGUCGAGCAAUCAAUCAUCCGCAUUCCUCCCCACCACUAUAUCCAUGUCCUGGAUCAGAAUACGAAUAUCGCCAGAGUGGAGGUGGGGCCUCGCACCUACAUCCGACAGGACAACGAAAGAGUGCUGUUCGCACCCCUGCGCAUGACCAUGGUGCCCCCCCGCCACUACUGCGUGGUCCUGAACCCCGUGGUCCGUGAUGACCAAGGCCAGGUCCAGUUUGACCAGCUGGGCCAGGCCAAGCUGCGUCACGCCGACCUGGAGAUCCGCCUGGCCCAGGACCCCUUCCCUCUCUACCCAGGGGAGCAAAUCCAGCAGGACGUGACGCCGCUGCAGAUCGUCUUCCCAAACACAGCACUGCGCCUCCAGGCGCUGCUGGAUUUUGAGGAUGAGGAUGACGAGAAGCGGCUGGCUGGGGAUGAGUGGCUCUUCGAGGGCCCAGGGACCUACAUACCCCGGAAGGAGGUGGAGGUGCUGGAGACGGUGAAGGCCACGGUGAUCAGGGAAAACCAGGCCAUCCGUCUCCGAGCCCGCAAGGAAGGCACAGACAGGGGGGGCGUCCACAGGGUCACAGGGGAGGAGUGGAUGGUGAAAAAGGUGGGAGCAUACCUGCCAGGGGUCUAUGAGGAGGUGAUGGACAUCGUCAAUGCUUUCAUCCUGACCGACAAGAAAGCACUGCAUGUGCGUGCCCUGCGCCCAUUCCGCGAUGCGGGCGGUCGCGAGCGCCGCACGGGGGAGGAGUGGCUGGUAACGGUGGCCGAUCGCGAGGCGCACAUUCCGUCGGUGGCCGAGGAGGUGGUGGGUGUGGUGGAUGUGACCACGCUGAGCAGCCGGCAAUACUGCGUCAUCCUGGACCCCGUGGGGGGUGAUGGGAAGCCCCAGCUGGGCCAGCGGAAGGUGGUCAAGGGCGAGCGCUCCUUCUUCCUGCAGCCUGGCGAGCAUCUGGAGAACGGAAUCCAAGACAUCUACAUCCUGUCUGCAGAGGAGGGGCUGGUUCUCCGGGCUUUGGAGGCUUUCAUGGAUACCGAGGCAGUGGAGGAGGAUGAACUGAAGGAAGAGGGGGUGAGCCAGUCGAAAAAAGGUGGGGUGGUCCGUCGCCCCGGCGACCGCUGGAUGCUGCAGGGCCCCAUCGAAUAUGUGCCUCCGGUCACCGUGGAGGUGCUGAUGCGCCGGCAGGCCAUCCCACUGGACGAGAAUGAGGGAAUCUACGUGCGGGACAUCAGGACGGGGAAGGUCCGUGCCGUGAUUGGUCACACCUACAUCCUGACCCAAGACGAGGAGCUGUGGGAGAAGGAGCUCCCGGACAAGGUGGAGACGCUCCUGGGCUCGGGCCGGGACGCCCUGGCAGACCGCUCACACAGGGGGGGUCCAAAUGAGGACAGGAUGCCGAGGGACAAGACCCGGGUGGUGUCCUACCGGGUGCCCCACAAUGCCGCCGUGCAGGUGUACGACUACAGGGAGAAGACGGCCAGGGUGGUGUUCGGGCCUGAGAUGGUGAUGCUGGGACCAGAUGAGCAGUUCACGGUGCUGUCGCUGUCUGGGGACAAGCCCAAACGGCCAAACGUCAUCAAGGCGCUGUGCCUACUGCUGGGGCCCGACUUCUGCACCGACAUCAUCACCAUCGAGACUGCCGACCACGCCCGCCUGCAGCUCCAACUCUCCUACAACUGGCACUUUGACAUCAAGCCGCAGUCAGACCCGGCACAGGCAGCGACCCUCUUCUCGGUGCCGGACUUUGUGGGCGACGCCUGCAAGGCCAUCGCGUCCCGGGUGCGAGGAGCUGUGGCGUCCGUGCAGUUCGACGACUUCCACAAGGUGCUCCCUCCCACGCCAGGCCUGGCAUGUCGCCCCCUGAACAGACUGACUGAUUCCCUGCCCCCCCUUGUUCUCUCUCUUGAUGAAAGCAUCUUCACAGGUCCUGGCCUGGCUGCCCUGUACAUCAAUAGCCCCACACCCUCGCUGACCACGCCCACCUCUCUCCACAGCCACGAGGCUGAGCGGCUGGAGCAGGAGGCCAAGGGCCGCCUGGAGCGCCAGAAGAUCAUGGACCAGGCGGAGGCUGAGCGGGCCCGCAAGGAGCUGCUGGAGCUGGAGGCGCUCAGCGCGGCUGUGGAGAGUACCGGUGCGGCCAAGGCCGAAGCCCAGUCCCGCGCCGAGGCAGCCCGCAUCCAGGGCGAGGCGGCCGUCGAGGAGGCCAAGCUCAAGGUGGAAGCCCUCAGGAUCGAGGGGGAGGCGGAGCUGGCCCGUCUGGCCAAGGCACGCGAACAGGAACUGAACUACAAGCUGCAGCUGAACCAGCAGGAGUGGCAGAAGCAGGAGAAGCUGGCACAGAUUGAGAUGGUGCGCUUCAAGGACAUGAUGCAGAGCCUGGGCGCCGACACCCUCAAGGAGAUGUCCAGGGCAGGACCUGAGCUACAGGUGAAGCUGCUCCAGUCACUGGGUCUUAAAUCCACCCUGAUUACAGAUGGGUCAGCUCCCAUCAACCUCUUCAGUACCGCGAGCGGCCUGCUGGGUAACCUGCAGGGCAAGGUGGAGUGAGACGACGGGAAGGGAGGAACUGUCCAGCCAGUGUGGAAACCAAAGCCGAAUAUGCCUGCUGCCCAGAAGUGCUCCGAAACACUACCCUGAUACUGAUAUGCUACUUACAGGGAAAAGCCUCAUUGUUCAGAUUGUGCCUUAAGAUGUAACCUUUAAACAUAAAUAUAAGCAAGUAUAAAAUCUCCAUUGAAGCAGUCA